GUAGGGCGCUUCUCUUCUAUGAAUGGAAACCUGAUUUCUCAAUCAUGCUGUGGUUCAGCGUGUCGAGUAAACGCUGAGCUGGCCUCUGAAGGUGGAUCGGAACUGCGUAGGGUUUGUUCCAUACACCUGAAGCACAGAAAGUGGGACACAGAGGCAGGAGACCGACAGAAGAAGCUACAGAAUAAAGAUAUCCAGGGAAUGAAACAAAGGACUUGCAGUCUGGGAAGGGAGGACAGUCUGGCCACCCCUGGUUCCAGGUGUCCUCGUCUGUGGAGAUACACGAAGGACUUGCAGUCUCGGAAAGGCAGAGAGAGGUCUGGUGAGCAAAGUCUCAGACCCCAGCACUGGAGUGAACAGAGGAAACUCCCUCAAAUGACAACCUGCCCCAGGCACAGACACGGCGCCAAGCGGCCACCGGGACCCCGAGGGCCGGUGCUGGAGGAACGGUGUCUCCAACUCACACCUUCGUCCUCAGUGCGCCUAAACCACGUAAGGAACCGUGGGGCCCGCGGUGACAGACGCGUCCCAACGCCGACCUCGGAAAGGAAAGGCACCGGCGCGACGACAGGACCAGGGUCCCCAGGCCGGGCAGCCGGAACGGCCGAACCCGGAACCAUCAGAACUGGUUUCUGUCGGUCUUCUUGGGUGAGGCACGGCCAGGAAGUCCCGGCCCGACUGGCUGGAUAGCACAGGCUCAUUUGGGCCCCCAGAUGCCGCCCACUCGACGCCAAGGUUCAGUGCAGCCAGAGCGGCCACCUCAGGGCCAAGAGAAGACGCCCCAGGAUCCAGAGCAAGGACGAAACCAUGCUUACAGCCUCGGUUGACUCGCCAGGGCGUACCCGCCUGUCAUCACGCUACUGCAGAG